CCCGGCGUUUUGUCCAGCUGCUGUGUCGCUCUGGCGGAUGGCAAGUUGUGAGUCAGAGUCGGAGGACCAGCAACUUUUAUAGACUUUUAAGUCCACCGCCUGCAAGUAGCCAGCAGCCCCAGUUUAGACUUCUUUGACUCAGGGAUUGUGCGUCUGGAGAGCUUUGACAUUAGACCAGUGUUUUUAGGUUAUGUGUUGUCGGAGGCGUCUUGAAGCGACAAGGAAAUGGCAUUUGUCUAAAGAAGAGCUCUCUGGUUUUUGUGGUCGACAAUGGAGAAUAAAUGAAAGGGACGUUUCCCGGGAUUAAUUGACUGCACAACGACAGAAUGCGGAAGAGGGACCUACAGAGCAUGUGCAGAAGGGCGCUGCUGCUGACCAUCUGUAUGGUGUCUCUCUGGGGACAACUGACCAGUGCAUCGUCACACAGAAGCCACAUAGUUCAUGUGAAAGCGGGAACCUGUGAGGUAAUUGCUGCGCACCGAUGCUGCAACAAGAACAAGAUCGAAGAGAGAUCCCAGACUGUCAAAUGCUCCUGCUUUCCUGGACAGGUGGCGGGAACAACAAGAGCAGCUCCAUCUUGUGUAGACGCAUCCAUAGUUGCACAGAAGUGGUGGUGCCAGAUGCAUCCCUGCAUGGACGGCGAAGAGUGUAAAGUGCUGCCGGAUCUCAAAGGAUGGAGCUGCAGUACAGGAAACAAAGUUAAGACAACUAAGGUCACACGAUAGUCGUCUGUUGUCCAGGAUAACCUUGUUUGGAACCAGACGUUAUUUCUUUGACCAACACCAUAGGACAUUUGGAUAUCGUGUGUUUUGUGGAUUGGUGGAAACCAGGGACCAACAAGGACAAUAAUCACGGACAUUCCACUGAACGAAUGAAGGAAAAGGACCAGGGAGCGUCAUAUAAGACUACAUAUCCAAAAAGAUUCCUGACUUUAGAUCCAGCAUCAACAGUAGCUGUCUCUGAACUCUACUGCUCACCAAAUCUCUCUUUGUAUUAUAGUUUUAUUCCCAUGGACUAGAAGACUCUACCAUGAAAGUAAUUAUUGACUUCAAGACUGCGGGUUACACAAGAAAAAAAAAAAAAAUCACCCUUAAAACAAAACCAUGUGAUGUGAAACUUUUGUGUUAUUUUCUUGCCACAGAGAACCCCAGGACUCUUGAUGCAUAUCUGUGUUGAAGAUCUAGUGAGAUCAUUUUCAUUCCUUUUAGCCUUAUGGAGCAGAUAUCUCUUCUGUUUCAUUUUUGUUGAUUUGAAACUAUCAAGUGUUUGGCUUUCUUAAGUUUGUUAGGACGUCAAGUCUUCUUUUCAAAGACAAAAGACGAUACCACAACAAUAAAACCCAGAAAAAAAUGUAAUGAUGUUUGACUACAAGUCACCAAGGGUCAACACAGCUGAGUUCUGCCAAAAUGUUUUAAUGAUAUCUGUCGUUUUCAAAGCCU